AUGAAUACCUUAUUGCUCUUAAUUGUAGGCGUAGGAACAAUCUGUGUGGGCAGCAUCGAGGCGUACACUGUCCUUGAAGAAGCCAAAGGCGACAACCAUUCCAUUGCAACUAAAUACGAAGAGAUAGCAGAAGACACUAGAAAGAGACUCAGUGGACAUAAGCGGUACGAUGUACGCCAAAGGCCGUACUCAGGCAAGGACAGUGGUCUAGAAAGUAUAGUUCUUGCUAUAAACACCGGGGCAAAACCUAAUAGUCUAGAUAAGGCAACGUCGAACUUCAUACAGAAGCUGGAGAAUUUGAUAUCUCGUUUUAUGAAGGAUGAGCGAAUCUACAAUAUGUAUUUCAGAUCAAGCAAAGACACGGAUAUUGUCAGGCCAGAAAUCGUGCAUUUUAGAAGUGGUAAGCCCUCCCUGAUGGUGGAGAUCAACUUUGAAUCAGUUUUGCGUGGCCUUAGAGAAGCACUUAACUCCAAAAAGGUCAAGCACUUUGCUGACAAAUGUGCGCAGAAAGCUGCACUGGUCUACCGCGCCAUUAAAUAUGAAUUGGACAAAGGAAAUUGA